CUAAUACCUCCUCACCUUAUUGUCCAAUAAGACAAUGGAUGUAAAGCAUCUACAUCAGGGUCAGAUCCCAGUUGCCUCACGCCCAAUCACAGAGCCAGACAGAAUUCACCAGCAACUAGCUGCCCCACAAGGAUUGCAUGCCAGCCUCACAGCGAAGGAGUGUCCGCCAGGAUUCUAUCUGUCAGAACGCAGCGGAGUGUGUACACCAUGCACUGAAAAAGAGGGUUUCACCCGUAGUCGCAACCGCCUCCCUUCUUGCCACCCCUGCUCUAACUGCCCUGCAGGUAAAGUACAAAUAGCUGCAUGCACCAGGACGAGUGACACCCAGUGUCAAUGCGAGAAUGGCACUUACCAGGAUAAGGAUUCUCCUGAGUACUGCCUACGGUGCGACACAAGGUGCCCUAAUGGCAAGGUCAAGGCCAGGGACUGUGGCCCCAACAACAACCUCGAGUGUGUGGACCAAAAAUCAGGUAUCCAGGCCCAUGGGGAGGCCCCAGUUCCUGGAGAGCCAGUGACCACCAGCCUGGACGCACCCACUGCUCCCUCUCUCUCCUCAGGCACACCAUGGUGGGUGACCCUACUUGCCUGCAUCUUUGGGCUUGGAGUCCUUGCCCUGCUGGGCACAUUUGUAUAUUGGUACAGGAGCCAUAACCUUACAGGUUCUGGAGCGGCCACCAAGAGCAGGAGCAGAGUGAGUGGGUUUCUCCAGGACCUGUGGCAUCAGGUGGGCUGGUUUGGUUGCUUACGAGCCCCAGUAGAGGCUGAGGCUCUGGACAAUGUCCGAAACCUGGCCAAGAGCGACAGAGACUCAUUGUCCUCUGAGCAGGAACAGGAAGAGCUGGCAGGUGGCCUGGUGCAUCCCGCAGGAGAAGCACAGCUUCUACUGGGACCGACAGGCACAGACGGGUCUCAGAUGAGAAGGAAGCUGCUGGUUCCAGCGAACAACGAGAACCCCAUAGAAACCCUGAGGGAGUUCUUCUAUGACUUCUCAAGGAUCGUGCCCUUUACUCGCUGGGAGCCGUUCAUGAGGUUGGUGGGCCUCAAAGAAAAUGAUAUCUUCAUGGCCAAAGCACAAGCGUUGGACCCGCGGGAUGCCUUGUAUCACAUGCUGACCAUCUGGCUCAACACCAAGGGGAAGGCUGCCUCAGUCAACACCCUACUGGACAGCUUGGACAAACUGGGGGAAACAAAAGCAAAGGAGGAGAUGCAGGACUUCCUGCUGGAGUCCAGAAAGUAUGUCUAUGAAGUGGGUGAAGCAGGUUCUGCUGUUUCCCAGUGAAAAGAAUCUCUUUUGGAGACCAGAGCUUUCCUAGUUUACCUUUUCUCCUAAAAGGGAAAUAAGACUGGACACUACAUGCCUGGCCAGUGCGGCUCAGUGGUUGAGCAUCAACCUGUGAAUCAGAAGUCGUGGUCCUAUUCCCUGCCAGAGCACAUGCCCAGAUUGCGGGCUGGAUCCCCAGCAGGGGCUGUGUGGGAGGCAGCUGCUUGAUGAUUCCCUCGUACCAUUGAUGUUUCUAUCCCUCUCCCUCUCCCUUCCUCUCUGAAGUCAAUAAGCUUGGAGAAAUUUCUCUUCAAAUUGGUUCAUAGGCCAAUGCUCAACCUCUGAGCCACACCAGCCAGGCCUGGCACUUUUUUAUUCUAAUAGACUUCUACUUUUUACUUGUUAUUUAAUGUUUUGUAUAAUCCAUCUGUGUUGUUAUGUGUCCAGGUAUUUAUGUCUAACUAUGAUAGGGCUCUUUUUAUUUUUAUAGUUGAAAGUUCGUUCUUGUAUUAUUAUUGUUUAUUAUUGUACUAGAGGCCCA